AUGCUCAUGGCAGUCUCAAGAUCACGUAGUAACUCAAAUGCGUCUCAAGACACCAGUCAGGUCACAGCAUACGCUGAAGAUGGACACAGUACCAGCGGGAGGACGACGCCUGAGCAACGGAGAAGGGCCACCAAAGUUGCUACCUCUUCACUACUUGCCAGCGAUGCAAAGUACAAAAAAUUUGCCGCUCAGGUAGAUCGGAGUCUUCAAUCAUUUGAUAAUGUCAACGAAUGGGCAGACUUCAUCUCCUUUCUUUCUCGUCUACUCAAGACUCUACAAACGCCGUCACCGCCGUACUCCGAGAUCCCUCGUAAACUCAUCGUAUCCAAACGUCUAGCUCAGUGUCUCAACCCUGCCCUCCCUUCCGGCGUUCACCAACGAGCAUUUGAUGUCUAUAGCCACAUUUUCCUUUCCAUCGGCACCGAAGGCCUGAAGAGAGAUCUUUUGAUAUGGUCAUCUGGCUUAUUCCCCUUUUUCCAAUUUGCUGCAACUUCCGUCAGACCUUUACUGCUGAAUAUGUACGAGAGGUACUACCUUCCACUCCAAGAUGGAUUGCGGCCUGCCACCAAGGCCAUGAUCCUGGCUCUAUUGCCCGGAAUGGAGGAGGAGACGGGCGACUUUUUCGACCGAGUGCUCGCACUUCUUGAUCAGUUAUCAUCGGCGGUCACUCCUGCAUUCUUUUUCCAAACAUUGUUUCUCAUUCUCAUCUCAUCUUCUUCAUCUCGACUGGCGGCGCUCAACUAUCUGGCACGUCGAAUGCUCAAACCUCCAGCCCAGGAACUCCUUGAUUCUGGCUUGAUUCUCAGAGGUGUCGCUGCCGUCCUGGAAGAUGGUAACGUCCUUGUACGGAGGCAAGGCUUGGACUUGCUUUUGCGCGUCAUCACCUUGGACGGUACGGUGAUGAAAACUGCCGACGAAAGGGAUCAGGAGUUGUUGGUACGGUCAGCAACAUCUAUCGUCCUGCAGCGAGAUAUAUCCUUGAGUCGGCGAGUGUACUCAUGGCUACUGGGGGCGGGCGAAACUCCUUCCGAACAAGUGGACUACUUCAGACAGCAUGGUCUAGACCUUCUAUGCAGGACACUUCUUGCCGAUAUGACAGCCACAUCAGCUCGGGCUCUGGAACUGAAGCCCUUCAAGAUCUUUCUCUCUUUAUUAGACCGGUGGGAAAUCGGUAGUCCUUUGUCUGAACGCCUCGUCAUACCGGCUUUACAGCAAUUGCGGAGAAUGGGAUGCGGAUCCCCUGACCUCAAUGUCACCGAGGUCAUCACUACGGCUAGUGCAGUUUACGAGGGAGUGGAGCCGACGAUGACUUGGCAUUUAUUGUCGAAAGGGAUCGCGGAGCAUGAUUCGACAAUUGAAGAACUGCUACAGUGGAUCCUCCACAGCAUUCCGCAGAACGAUCAGGAAGUCAAUGAUAUCCAUGCGUCUUUCCUUCUUCAUGCGAUAGUGGAUGACUUGAUGACUGUGGAGAUCCCGAGCCUGAAAAGGCUUACACUAGCGGCAAAACUCCUGAAUAUCAUCCCUCCUGCACUCAUGGUACAAGCAUCUUCAGCGGAGGGCAAUGCGGCACAGAUUGAGAUCGACUUGAUGAACAACAAAACAUCAAUGGACGAAGCGCGUGGGCUGGUGGCCUCGACCAUCAUCCCGCAAUCUGUUUCCAAGAUUUUCCAAUUGAGUCACCGCAUUUUGACCGAGAGCGAUCAAACACCUCGCUUGAUGACAGAGAUCUUAGACAUGAUUUCCCUCUUGGUCGACAGAGACUUGCCCCUUCUGUCCACUUUGGACUCAUCAUCUUGGUUGGACGACUUGUUAGCAGCUCUUUCACGGACCACUGCAUUCCAGGUCGUGGAUCGUAUCAUCGUCCUUGCCCUCAAAGCUAGCACUUCGUCAGCCUUUCGUCCUAAAAUCAAUGUGGCCGAAUCUCGAGCCAUGUCGUGUUUGCUGGACGCCUUGUUCCGAUACUUAAAAUCUGAGGCUGCUUUGUAUCAUGUGCGGGCUGUCGAAUUGCUGUGGGAAUGUAACCAGCGUGCUGAAAUCCACACACUCGAAAACGUCAUAGCCAGACGAAUGUCCUCGCCUAUACGAAGAGCUGAAGCCUUUGAUGCCUUCGGAGUGUUGUGGCGUUUGUCUGACGACUCGAUUUUGCCCGGGGACAUGUUUUACGUCCCUCUAUGUACUCUAUUGGAAACGCUCAACUCCUUGGACCCGAACAUGCAACAGACGGCGGAGACGUGGCUGCGGUGCAACCUACAAUCGUACUUCCGUGCGCUGGAUCCCCUCCUCGCCCGAUUGAUCGACGCAGUGGAGUCGAAGGAUCAAGAUUUGUCAAUGAUGUUGCAUAUCCUGGGCAAUGUCGCUGCUUUCUUCCGUUUUGGUGGUCACGGACUAAGCAAGGCUUGUCAGACUACGGCUCUACACACUUCUACUCAUCCCGGAAUACUCAAACGGGCCAUUUCAGCUCACAAAGUGCAGAGUGCGAGUUUGGACAUCUUACAACAACUCGUUUCUCGAGGCGAUGUCUCGUCUACUCUACAAUCGCAGCUCAAGGAUUGUCUCAUAGAACAGCUUGGUCAAGCUGUGAAACGACGACGACUAGCAUUGCAAAACAAGAUGCUCCAUUUGUUACAUAUGACUCUCAACACAUCGAGCGAUUCCAUUCGCACCCAUCAACAUACACCCUCAAACGCCGAUAGACCUCAAAUGCCUACAGAGUUUGACAUUUCCCUCGUGCGUGUCAUUACUGAAGCCUUGGCCUCCCCUACCAAUCGGUCCGUGGUGCAACAUUGGGUCGACUUUGUGCUUCUCACCACCCCACAGUUUCAGAAGUCACGCCAACUCGUGCUUGCAAUGUGUGAUACGUUCAGUCAACAGGUCAAAGCUUCCGCUCUUCAACUCCGUCAAUACUAUUCUCGUACAUCGACAUGGGAAAGAGUAAAUAUCUUGACGGAUUCGGAACCGACGAUGCUUCUUUCAGCCCUGGAAAAAUUGCUCGCCAUCAGUCUCGGAUCGAGUUCUCCUGGCAAGGCGGAUGAUAAUGCUCACACAGGUGAGGGAGGCAGUCGUAUUCUGGGUCUUGUUUCAGGAGUUUUCACUGUGGAAGCUCCUGCCAUUUCUUCGAGCAAAGAACGAAUGGACUAUAUUGAUGACGCCAUCGAGGCUUUACUGGUGUUAUGGGCCAUCACCGCGGAUCCCUCGUCAGAUGGACCUGAAGGACCAUCUCGAGUUGACGUAUUUACCAAAGUCCGCGCAAGAGCUAAGAAAGUCCUCGAGAGGCUGUUCAAAAUGCAACCUUCCGCCGUGAUGCGGUCGUGUGUCAACGUAUGGGCGGUAGCAUCGAAUGAUGUGUCAGAUGGGGCGAUCUUUGAAUGUGUCGAUGCCUUGACGCCUAGUGCGCAAAAGGUGGUAGAACUUGUCAGUGAGAUUGUCAAUGGAAAAGCGUCGAGGUCAUCUACGGCGGAACAACAACCCGACCCCGCUGUGCUUGCCUUUUUGGAAGCCUACGUCUCACGACUUGAAGCACCAAUUGCUGUGCAAGUGUGGAGCACGAUGUUUACAUUCGGCCGAGAAUUGUUGGGGUCGCUCAGUAGCCCUUCUACGAGACCUCAGUUAUUCCCAGCUUUCCGAUGUCUCACUCUAUUGGGGAAGACAGUUUCAACGACAAGUGCCCUGGAGGAUCGAAGACUACGUCGAGAUUUGCAUGAUGUGUAUACGAAGCUGCUUGAUGCCGUGGCUUCGAACGCGAGUCGUAUAGCCGAGACGGGUGUUUGGGAAAGGGGUAUCUUAACAGAAAAAUCAAUACCUAAUGGUGUUGUUAUGACGAGUAGUGAAUCCGCUCUCAAAGCUAUCUACACUUUCGUCGCAAAAGAGGUCAUCCCAAGUCUUCGGGUAUUGCUGGUAGAUUCAGAUCGAGUAAAUACGGCAUGUACCAAUCUGUCUAGCAGUAUUCUAGUCCCCGCUUUCAAACAACAAAGGGUUGACACAAGUAUGUUGCAAAUCGUAUUUGAAAUGACCAAGAUCCCUGCUACAGGGAAAGCAUGGAGAACACAAGUUGGGGAUACAUUCAACGAUAAUCGAUUCUUUUCCAUGUCUUUCUCAGAUUCAAACGAUUGGAAACCUAUCAUCUGUUCAUUAUUCGAUAGUGAUAAAGAACGAUUUGGAGAUUUGCUCGGUCGGAUCACAGCUGUACCUUCUGCCAACAUCUUCACGAAUCGAGAACAAGAGACCAUCGCAAAAGCACUCAAUUUACGUCGAUUAUCUUUCAUUCUUUUAGCAGCUGAACGUGAUCAUUAUCUGUUAACUUUACCCAGUAUACAAGAAAAGUUGGUAGAGAUUUUAAGAAGUAAUGGAAUACCAGCAAGAGUGGAAAGUGAAGUAUGGUUAUGUUUGAGAGUUAUGAUGUGUAGAAUAUCACCUCAACAUUUGACUAAUUUCUGGCCUGUCAUUUUGACUGAACUGGUUAGCGUGUUUGAAAGUACAAUGGAUGAUCCUCCACCAGACGAAUCAGAUCAACUUCAAUUAGUUUUAUCAGCUUGCAAAUUCCUCGACCUUCUCCUUGUCAUUCAAUCAGAAGAUUUUCAAAUACAUCAAUGGAUGUUCGUGACUGAUACUACCGAUGCUGCUUUUCCUCCAUCAAAUUACGACACUGAAGCUAUGAUGGAUCGUUUGGCCGAAAUAAUCAAUGAACAUUCACAUUCGCAAUCACAUUUUUCAUCGUCUAUGGAGAAAAUAUCUUCAUCUUUAUCAAUGGAAGAUUCAACUUUGACCCUACGUCGACCCCGAUUAGCAGGGGUGAAAACUUUGACCAGUUUAAACCAAUUGAAGGAAUUUUUUGCUAGAGCUAGUUUAGAUACUUUUGAGAGUGUGUAUAAUAAUAUGGGGGUAGAUUGGGAUGCGGUGGAAGAAGGACUUGCAAAAGAGAUUUUCUCAUGA